GUGAUUAAACAAAUAAAUAGUGGAAUUAGAAUUUUCUUUCAAAUUAUAGUUCAUUAUUUAACGUUACCUGUUUGUUUAUACACUUUGACUAUUGUGAUGUAUUUAGAUUAUUAUAACUUUAGUUGAAGGUAAAACUGGUGUAGUAGUCACAAACAACUGGCAGGCUGGCAAAACCCAGAACAAAAACGUGAUUGAUUUUCAAAAAUAUUUUUAAAAUACUCUAUUUCCGCCCGCGUUUCCCAACGCAUCCUGAUAGAACUACUUACCUAGGUUUCCGAAAAAUAAAAAAAGUUAAAAUAUUGCCAACUAGCCUCUGGCCGCGGUUUCACUCGCGUCCUGGAUGGUGACAAAAACUAUCCUAUAUCUUUCUUCCGGGUCUAAGUUACCUCCCCUCUAAUUUUCAGCUUAAACGGUUCAGCCAUUCUUGAGUUAUAAAAUGUGUAACUAACGCGACUUUCUUUUAUUAUAAUAAAUAUACUAGCCGUUUUCCCGCGGUUUCACCUGCGUCCCGUGGAAGCUACUGCCCGCACCGGGAUAAAAUAUAGCCUAUGUUACUCGCUGAUAAUAUAGCUUCCUAAUGUUGAAAGAAUAUUUAAAAUCGAUCCAGUAGUUUUUGAGUUUAUCCAUUACAACCAAACAAGCAAAGUUUUCCUCUUUAUAAUAUAGGUAUAGAUAUCAAUCUCCAUUGAGCAGCUUAUAACAUUGAAGGAUGCAAGAAAAACAUUAUAGAGCUUUUUGAACGGAAAUGUUCAAUCACUAUUUGUCAUCAAUGUGAAUGUCAUUGUCACUGUCAUCUUGUGCGCGGAUUAAGGAUUUAAAACUUGUCUUGACUUGUUUAUUUUUGGUAUUUGGGAAAUUACUGCAAAUUUUCUUGUAAAACACAAUAAUAAAUUAGCACUGAAAAGCAUAAUCUGUAAAACGUAAGUAAGCUAUAUAGAUUUUUGAUUUAAAUAAAAUUCGAUAAGAUGAACAGCGAUGAGGAAAAUGAGAACUUGCCUGAAUGGAAAGGCAUUCCCGCCACAAUUAUAUGUAUCAACAGCUAUGGCCCUAGUGCUCUAAACUCUGCACAAGUUGCACACACGGCUACCUGUAGAAUGAUGCGCCAGUAUUUAAGAAUAUCCAGCUCCCAACUCAUCGGAGUUUGUUUAUAUGGUACCGAAGGAUCAAACACUUCAGUUUUUGGAAUAAAAAGUGUUGAAGAAAUUUUUCCACUCUCAUCGCCAACGUUAAAAGAUUAUAAGAAACUCCAAAACAUUGAAAUUUCGUCUUUGAAACAAGCAAAAGAGUUAUCACUAUCAGAUGUCCUAUGGUACUGCAAGAAAGCAUUUGCUAGUUGCAAAAAACAGCUCUCCACCCGGACUAUUAUUAUGUUAUCCCGGUUUGAUUUACCUCCAUUACAAUCUGAUGAAAAACCAGCACUCAAGAGAGUUGUAGAUUUGGUUGAUUCAAAUAUUGGAAUAAGACUCAUCAAUGUUGCUGAAACUGAUUAUGAUGUACACCCAUUCUAUGCAAUCUUUUUAAAUGAAGCAAAUAAGGGAGAAGACGUAGCUUUACCCAAAGCAAUUUGGGAUCCCAAGGAAGUGGAACACAUUAUGUAUCAACAGGCACAUCGCAAUUUACCAGUAUCUAGACUGAGUUUUGAAAUAGGUGAUGGGUUCGCAAUUGGAGUUGGAGUAUACAGUCUUUUGAAGGAUUAUGGACAAACAACACAGAAAUCUUCUGAUUUAGAAAGAGACACUAAUGCAGUUCUUACCAGUGUAAAUAAAACAAUGAAAGUUAAAAUUGAUAAUGAUGAAAAUAUGGAUGUUGAUGAGGCAGAACAAGAGUCAAGACCUGUCCCGUUACUGAAGUCAGAGCAACUUCACUAUGUCAAUCUGGGUGACGAAAAUAUUGAGUUCACAGAAGAGGAAAAGAUGACACUCAAAAAUCCAUUUGGGCCUCCCAUGCUAAAACUUCUUGGAUUUAAACCUGCUAGUGUCAUAUGUAAAGAAAAAUGGUUUUACAAAACAGGCUAUUUUUUAUUUCCCAGUGAAAGCACAAUAGAAGGUUCUUUUGUAGCAUUCAAGGCUUUUCAUCAAGCUUGUGCAGAGACAAAUAAAGUUGCAAUAUGUGUUUUGUGCACCAGAAAAAAUGCUAAACAUAAUAUUGUAGCUCUUUCUCCAACUUCUCAUCCCCUUGGUCUAAAUGUUGAUAUAGGAUUUGAUGUUAUUCGUAUACCUUUUGUAGAAAAUGUACGAAACAUUCCAGUUUUUGAAGAAGAUGAACAAGAACCAAUUUGUCCAACAAAUAAAAAUGUUAUGAUGGACAUUUUGAAUAAUUUAAAGUUUGAUUAUAGUCCUGGUAUGUUUGAAAAUCCUAAACUACAAUCACAGUACAAAGCCAUUGAAGUAAAAGCCCUGGAGGAAGAAGAAGACAAUGAGCCCUUCAUAGACACAACUAAACCUGAUAUAAAGAGGUUUCAAGGAUUGCAGUAUGAUUUAUUUUACGAAUUGUUUGGCCCUUUCUCAGCUAAAGCUAUAAAGAAAGCUACAUCAUCAAGAGAUGGUGGGCCUGAAAGAAAGAAGACAAAACUCACAGAUGGCCUGAUUGAUGAAGAAUUACUCCAAGAGAGACUUGAUAAUCAGAGAGUUAAGGAUUAUACAGUCUCACAAUUGAAAGAUAUAUUGAAAAGUAAAGACAUUCCCGGCUUACCUGCUUUGACAGGUUUGAAAAAGGAUGAGCUUGUUAAGUUGGUUUACAGAUAUUACAAUUAGUUUAAGAUUUGUAUGUUUUUUUUUGUAAUAAACAUUAUUUAAAGCA